UGAUGUAUUCAGUGUCUUUGCAAAUAUACACGAUCACUAUAAACUGACGUGACAGACAGCGAUCAACUUUGCCCAUCUUUGUAUAGAGACAAAAGAAUGAAGUAAUCUCCUGAUUUUGUAAGUGUGGCCAUUUGCAUUACUUGCUUAUCUAAUUAACUUUGAAUUAAAUAUAAUAUAUGAUUUGAACGUUUUGAAAAUAUGAAUAAAGGCGGUUUUCUUUUUUCUGCUUGUUUUAUUUCAAGUUGAAAAGCAAACUAUUUAAACAUGGUACUUCUCUUCGCUAAUAGGUCUAAAACAGUCGUAAAUGGUAUGCGCCUAAUAACUAGAAUACAUUUCAUUUCUUUUCUAAAGCACAAAUACACUAAAUGUGGGGAGGAAAAGCACAAUGGACAAGACAAAGAGUAAAGUAUCAGAACUAUGGCAGAAAUCACAAAAACAAAAUGUCUGAAGGUGCAGAAACCUCAGUUUGCACACUGACGUACCCCUGGGUAAGUUUCCAGGUGCGUGUCGUCAGGACGCUGGACUCCGCCCCUUCACGAUGAUUGACAGCGGCAUCUACCAAUCAGCAGCUGAGAAAACGAAAGUGAAACGGAAAAACGGCAGAAAAAUAGCGCGAGGAAGAAGAAGAAGAAGAAAAAAAUAAAAAAUACUCAUCCCAACAUCACACCUGACUCAACACAACAGUUCAGAGCACAUUAGAUCUACAAAUAUAUUUUGAGAACUGAACAUAUCUGAGGAACAGAAGAUCACUGGCUCUAAAAUGAGUCUCUGUGAGGAGAGAGAGGAAGAUGAUAUUCAUUAUCAGAACAAGAGAACAGCAUCUUCAGAGCCCAGCUGUGUGUCGAUGAGGAGUGAUGCAUCUAUGAUACAACCUCCUAAAUUCAGUGAUGGGCCAGUGACCUUUAACCCCAGAGAUGAUCAUACUGGAGACCUGCAGCAGGAUUCUCCUGAACCAGAGAAUGAUGAACUACAGAGAGUCAAAGACCAGCACAAAGCCAGCAUGAAGAACAAGUAUGAUAGAUUAUCUGAGGGAAUCAACCUACACGAGACUCAAAUCCUCCUGAACAGGAUCUACACACAGCUCUACAUCAUAGAGGGAGAGAGUGAAGGAGUGAAUGAAGAACAUGAGGUUUUACAGAUGGAAAAAACAGCCAGAACAAAACACUCACAAGACAUUCCAGUCUACUGCAAUGAUAUCUUUAAAGCCUCGCCUGAACCAGGACGUGAGGACAAAGACCAAAUCAAAACUGUUCUUACUAAAGGCAUCGCUGGAAUUGGAAAAACCGUCUCUGUGCAGAAGUUUAUUCUGGACUGGGCCGAGGGAAAAGCUAAUCAGGAUGUAGAUUUCAUGUUUGUGCUUCCAUUUCGAGAGCUGAACUUGAUCCGAGAUCAUCAGUACAGUCUUCACAGACUUCUGCUGGACUUUCAUCCUGAACUUCAAGAUCUGGACUCAACGAUUUAUGAGGAAUGUAAAGUUGUGUUCAUCUUUGAUGGUCUGGAUGAAAGCAGAAUCACACUGAUGUUUUCAGACGCUCAGAAAGUUUGUGAUGUGACUGAGACAUCAUCACUGGGUGUGUUGAUCUCAAAUCUCAUGAAAGGAGAGCUGCUUCCCUCUGCUCUCAUCUGGAUCACCUCCAGGCCAGCAGCAGCCAGUCAGAUCCCCUCCGAGUACAUGAGCCGUCUGACAGAAAUUCAGGGAUUCAAUGAGCCUCAGAAGGAGGAAUAUUUUAGGAAGAGAAUCAGUGACCAGCAUCAAGCCAGCAGAAUCAUCUCACACAUCAGAAGAGCAAGAAGCCUCCACAUCAUGUGCCACAUCCCCGUCUUCUGCUGGAUCUCAUCCACUGUGCUUCAGAAGCUCCUGGAAGAAGAUCUGAGUGCAGAAAUCCCUCAAACUCUGACUGAAAUGUACAUCCACUUCCUGCUGAUUCAGAUCAACAUGAGGAACCAGAAGUAUGAAGAGAGAGAUCCAGAGAAACUCCUGCAGUCCAACAGAGAAGUGAUUGUAAAACUUGCUGAAGUAGCUUUCAAUCAGCUGAUGAAGGGCAAUGUGAUGUUCUAUGAGGAGGACUUGAUUGAAAGCGGCAUAGAUGUCACUGAUGCCUCAGUGUAUUCUGGGAUUUGCACUGAGAUCUUUAAGGAGGAAUCAGUGAUUCAUCAGAGGAAAGUCUACAGCUUCAUUCAUCUCAGCUUUCAAGAGUUUCUCACUGGUUUUUACGUGUUUUACUGCUAUUUAACAAAAAGCAUGGAGCCAAUGAAGUUGUUUCUGGAUGAUAAACAUGAGAGGUACAGGUACAUAUCUGAGGAAAACUCUCUGUAUGAGCUGCUAAAAUCAGCAGUUGAUAAAACUCUUGAGAGUGAGAAUGGACAUCUGGAUCUGUUCCUGCGAUUUCUGCUGGGUGUCUCAAUGGAGUCCAAUCAGAGACUCUUACAGGAUCUACUGACGCACACAGAGAACAGCUCAGAGAGCAUCAGGAGAACCACACAGUACAUUAAAGACAAGAUCAAGAGAAAUGACUAUAACAUGAAACUAUCAGCUGAAAGAUCCAUCAAUCUGUUCCUCUGUCUGUUUGAAGUAAAAGAUCAGAUUCUGUCCAGAGAGAUUCAGGAGUUUGUGAAAUCAGACAAACACUCAAGGGAGAAACUCUCUCUGUCUCACUGCUCAACAAUCGCCUACAUGAUUCAGAUGUCAGAGGAGCCGCUGGAUGAGCUUGAUCUCAUGAAAUUCAACACAUCAGAUGAAGGAAGAGGAAGACUGAUGCCAGCUGUGAUCAACUGCAGAAAAGCUCUAAUUGCUGGAUGUGGGCCUUUUGAUCAGCACUGUGAAACUGUGUGUUCAGCUUUACAAUCAUCAAACUCCAAUCUGAGAGAGCUUGACCUGAGUGUAAAUGACCUCCAGGAUUCAGGAGUGAAGCUGCUGUCUGAUGCACUGAAGGGUCUAAACUGUCAUCUGGAAAUACUGAGGCUACAUGAGUGUAAUCUCACUGCUCAAUCGUGUGAUAGUCUGUCAUCAGCUCUACAAUCUUCAAACUCUGUCCUGAGAGAACUGGACUUUAAUAAAAAUGACCUGCAGGAUUGUGGAGUAAAAUUGCUUUCUCUUGGAUUGAAGAGUCCAAACUGUAAACUGGAGAUACUGAGAUUUUCCUUAUGUAAUCUCACUGCUCAGUCUUGUGAGAGUUUGUUAUCAGUUUUACAAUCCCCAAACUCUGUCCUGAGAGAGCUGGAUCUGUGUAACAAUGACCUGCAGGAUUCAGGGGUGAAGUUGCUUUCUUUUGGACUGAAGAGUCCAAAUUGUCAGCUGGAGAUACUGGGAUUUUCCUUCUGUGAUCUCACUGCUCAGUCUUGUGAGAGUUUGUCAUCAGUUUUACAAUCCUCAAACUCCCGUCUGAGAGAGCUGGACCUGAGUAACAAUGACCUGCAGGAUUCAGGAGUGAAGCUGCUUUCUGACGGACUGAAGAGUCCAAGCUGUCAGCUGGAGAUACUGAGGUUGUCUGGCUGUAUGGUGACGGAGGAAGGCUGUGGUUAUGUGUCUUCAGCUCUGAGUUCAAACCCCUCACACCUGAAAGAGCUGGAUCUGAGCUACAAUCACCCAGGAGAUUCAGGAGUGAAACCGCUCUCUGAAAAACUUAAAAAUCCCAACUACAGACUGGAAAAACUCAAUGUGAAUCAUGGAGGAGAAUCCAGGAUUACAGCAGGACUGGAGAAAUAUGCCUGUUCUCUCACACUGGAUCCAAACACAGCAAACUCUGCACUUAUUCUGACUGAGAAGAACAGAAAGGUGACUCGUGUGAAAGAGAAACAACCGUAUCCUGAUCAUCCAGACAGAUUUGAUUAUUGGGAGCAGGUGUUGUGUAGAGAGAGUGUGUGUGGAUGCUGUUACUGGGAGAUUGAGUGGAGUGGAGAUAAGGGUGUGGAGAUAUCAGUGUCAUAUAAGAGCAUCAGCAGGAAGGGAAGUUAUGAGAGUGUGUUUGGAAAUAAUGAUCAGUCCUGGAGUUUGAGCUGCUUUCCUAACAGAUACGCAUUCACACACAAUAAUUUAAAGACUGUUCUCCCUGUAAAGCCCAUAAGCUAUAUAACAGAAGUGUGUGAUGACCACUAUAUAGUAGGAGUGUAUGUGGAUCACGGUGCAGGAACUCUGUCCUUCUACAGCCUCUCUGACACAAUGAGCCUCAUCCACACAGUCCAGACCACAUUCACUCAGCCGCUCUAUCCUGGGUUUAGAGUUGGUUAUGAAUCAUCAGUGGAACUGUGUUGAUGAAUCAGAAUAGACUGAUGAGAGAUUCUACCCAUAAUGCUUUGAGCUGCAUGAUGAAUCGGUAACAGUGAGAUGUUAUAGAGUUUAAUUACAUGAAUACAGUGUCAGUCAAAUAACAUGAAUCAGAAUAAAUGUGUCAUAAAUUCUCAUCUAGACCAGGGGUUGGCAGUCUUUUGGACAUAUUUCUGGUUAACCAGCUGUAUAUAUGUAGUAGAUAUAGAUUUUUGCUUGGAUAUUUAAAAGUCUAUAUUUAAAGUAUUUUAAUAUUUGUUAAUAGUUUUUUUUUUACUUUUCAAAAUCCUAGAAGUUUCUUUAUUUUAACAUUUAAAUUAGACUUUGAAUAACAGAUUUACAAUGUGACCCUACUGAACACCAUUUGUGUGAAAAGGCCAGUUGAGCAGUAAAACCGUUCGAUUUAAUCACAGUUUAAUGCGCUGCUUUAAUUGACGCACAGAUACACACACACACACACACACACACACACACACACACACACGUCUGGUUUGCUAUCCUUGUGGGGACUCUCCAUAGGCGUAAUGCUUUUUGUACUGUACUUUCUGCAAACUUUCUGCAUUUUUAGAUUUUCAAAAAACUUCAUUCUGUGUGAUUUAUUAGCUUGUUUACCCGUGGGGACCUCAGUUUAGGUCCCCACCGUGAAACGAGUCCCCAUGAGUCAUAUAUAUAAUAUAUGUUAUAAUUCAUAUGAUUUUUUUUUUUUUCUGAAUAGUUUGUAAUAACGCACAAUGACAAAUCGGCUUGAGAUCAUAUUUUAAUGAAUAUGUAGUAUGUGAUCACUAUUUCUUGUUUCUCACUGAAAAAGAUGCUUUGAAUCAAUCUAUACUGUACAAAGCGCUGUAUAAAUAAAGGUGACUUGAAUGUGUGAAAUGUCUGUAUGUAUCAUGAAUAUAAUCGAUUCCUUACAAGACUGAAAUG